AAUAUACUUUACAAAUUCUAAUAAGGCUUGCAAUGAAACACAUUUGAGCAGUUCCAUGGUAAACGUGGAACUCUUUAACAUUUAUUCUUUUGUUCAAGAACUUGUUCAAUGAUUUUAAGCUGAAGAAAAUGUUGACAACAUUGACGAUUUUUCUUGUGAUCACACCUGCGUGUAUGACACAGACUACCGAUCUGCCAUUAGUGAACCCACUGGAGCCUCUAAAGUGCUACCUCUGUGGUGAAAACAACGGCCCCAGUUUUCCAGAUUGUCUCUCUACAAACAUCUCAUGUCACAAAAAUGAGGUUUGCUCCAUACGUUACACUGCCAUAGAAUCAGAAACGAGCAUAAAGUGUCAGAAUAAGACGGUAUGUGAUAUUGAAAUUUGUCAUGCAAAUGCACGAUGUGUUCCUGGUGGGUACCAGAUCUAUCCAGGUCAGUGCGAGGUGUGCUGCAAUACAACUGAAUGUGUAGAUCGUGUCGUUCGUAAUGUUAAGCCCACACAGCCACCAAAUCAUACAAUCAGAUGUAUGUCUUGUAACGGAAGUGAAUGCAAUAACAGUUUAAAUUUGACUGUGUGCAAUACUGGCUAUUGUUCACAGAAUGUGGUCUAUUCUGGAACUACUGUACUUCAGACAGUGAAAGGGCCGAAGGCAAAUGUUUACGGAAUGUUUACACAUGGAUUCAAACUCCGGACUUACAUUCUGCUUCACUACAACCUAGCACCCAUCAUACGUGUUAAUCGCUCACAAACAGGCGUGUAUAUUAAGUUGCAGUACCAGACAACACUGUGAGGAAACGUGGACAAAACAGGAGGAAAUAACAAGGUUGGAAUGUCUCCUCGCUUUAAAUCCUCCACCUUAUUAUAUACCACAAGUCUCUACGCCUAUAAGUUGUUUCUUCUGCUGCGACAGCGACUUGUGUAAUGCACCUAGUCUAACAACCCCACUGCAGUUUCAUGUUUGAUUAUGUACCAGAAAAAUUUAAAACAUUAAAUGUAUUUACAAUUAAAACAUUUAAUACAA